UAUUUAGUUUCAUUUAGAUAUAUUUUCAGAAGAAUGAAUGUUCCCGUAUUUAUAGACAUUAAUCAGGAUGAACAAGUCGAGGAGCUCCGAGCCUACUUUAAAUCUUUGGGGGCAGAUAUUUCCGAGGAGAAAUCUGAACUAGGAUUAGAAGACGACCUUCAGAAGAUAAUUGGAGUUUGUGAUGUUUGCUUUAAUUCUGCUGCUGAGAGUGAUGUUGAAGGGAUCAUGAAUGGUAUAGUGAGUAUGCUAGCCUUGAUCACCAAGGAGGAACUGAUCAUCUCUUUCUGUGAGAAGCUGAGCAAGGCUCCAACCCAGCAGCUUGGCAUGGUCUGUCUCAAGGUUCUAUGGUUCCUGUUCAUGUCCCUGGACGAUAACUCCAGCAUGAGGUUCCAGGUGUACUACUACCUGGUGGGCGUGGCAGGGAGGACCCACCAGCUCCACACUGUCUACAAGGAUAUGGCGACCACCAAAACCAUGUUUAACAAGGCACCGCCUUCCAGCGACCAGGUCCAGAAGCUCUACAGGCUUCUCCACGAGAUGUUGCUGCUAAAUGGUAAAUCUGAUGAUGCUAGCCGUGUAAUGGUUGAGCUUCUCGGUACAUACACCACGGAGAACGCGAGCCAAGCGAGAGAGGAGGCUCAGCGUUGUAUCAUUGCUUCACUAGCUGAUCCUAACACUUUCCUGUUGGAUCACUUGCUGCAGUUGAAACCUGUCAAGUUCCUGGAGGGAGAACUUAUUCAUCAACUUCUAAGUAUAUUUGUUGGAGAGAAACUGGAUGCUUAUAUCAAGUUCUAUCAGCAACAAAAGGAGUUUGUGAACGGACUCGGGUUGAAGCAUGAAGAUAAUCUGAGGAAAAUGAAACUUCUCAGCUUUAUGCAGAUGGCUGAGAAUAGGAGUGAGAUCACGUUUGCCGAGGUGAAGGACUCAAUGCAGUUGAACGAGAACGAGGUGGAGGAGUUUCUCAUAGACGUCAUCAAGACGAGACUCGUCAGGGCUAAAAUAUCUCAGGGAGAUGGAGUAGUUUAUGUUUCCUCCACAAUGCACCGAACCUUCGGUACUGGAGACUGGCAACAGCUUCACUCUCUUCUAUUAGGUUGGAAAACCAACCUUCACAGCAUCAAGGAACAUAUGGCUCAUAUAGCAUCCACUCAGGUUGAGUUAAUGCACAAAAAGAACUAGUCCUUGUCCAGCUCCUGCUCUUCAUCCUGAUCCUGGUUCCACAUCAUGCCAACAAUCCGGAAAUAUGUAUUCUGUAUCUUGUUCACCAGAUCUGUGCGCGCCGGAGCGCCUUUCUUUGCAUAAUACUAAGCGCUCCGGCGCGCACGUAAUAGUUAUGGUUGUUUUAAGCUUGGUACGGAGAACAUUCUUUUUCUUGAUUUCAGA